GCGGCAAAACGUAUCCUCAGUGUUUCGAAGAUUGUCCUCUCUAGUCACAGAAAUGCCAGUUUGCCAAUCCAACCCAUAAUGCAUCAGCAAUGGAUUUAAACCAAAUCCAAAUCGCUUUGCGAUGUUGCUUACGCUUUCGAGCAAUUAAAAAUGCUAAAUCACUCCAUUCUUACAUAAUUAAAUCCGGCCAUUGUAAUCACGUUUUUCUCUUAAAUAACAUGAUAUCUGUUUAUGCUAAGUGUUACAGUUUCAAUGAUGCACGUAACCUGUUCGACGAAAUGCCUCACAGAAACAUAAUUUCUUGGACAACGAUGGUCUCUGCAUUAACCAAUUCUGGCAGACCCCGUGAAGCUCUAGCGCUCUAUAACGAGAUGUUACAAUCCAAAACAGAACAGCCCAAUCAGUUCUUGUACUCCGCGGUUCUUAAAGCGUGUGGUCUUACGGGAAAUGUUGAAUUAGGCAAGCUGGUUCAUCAGCGUAUAUUUCAAUCUAAGUUGGUCACUGAUACAGUUCUGAUGAAUGCGCUCUUGGAUAUGUAUGUCAAAUGUGGGAGCUUGAGGGAAGCUCAACAAGUUUUCGAUGAAAUCCCGUGUAAAAAUAAUGCUACGUCGUGGAACACUCUCAUUCUGGGACAUGCUAAACUAGGUUUGAUUGACGAUGCGAUGAAACUGUUUGAUAAAAUACCGGAACCGGAUGUUGUAUCUUGGAAUAGUAUUAUUGCUGGCCUUGUAGAUAAUGAUAGUCCCCAUGCGUUGCAAUUUGUUUCUAUGAUGCAUGUGAAAGGCCUUAAACUGGAUGAAUUCACAUUGCCAAAUGCUCUCAAAGCUUGUGGUCUUGGUGGUGAGUUAAUGUUUGGGAGACAGAUUCAUUGUUAUGUUAUUAAGAUAGGGCUUGAGUGUAGCUGCUAUUGUAUAUCGACGUUGAUUGAUAUGUAUUCGAAUUGCAAGUUUUUGGGCGAAGCAGUGAAGAUUUUUGAUCAAUUCUUUGGGAGCUCUCCUGUUUCUGAAAGCUCGGCGCUUUGGAAUUCAAUGAUUUCUGGGUAUAUUGCCAAUGGAGAUUAUGCUGAGGCUCUCAGUAUGAUUUCUCAUAUGCAUCGUUCUGGUGUACACUUUGAUUUUCAUACCUUUAGUAUUGCUUUAAAGAUAUGCAUUUACUUGGAUAACUCAAGUUUGGCAUCCGAAGUGCACGGAUUGGUCAUCACUAGUGGCUAUGAGUUAGAUUUUGUUGUCGGGAGCAUUCUUAUUGAUCUAUAUUCAAAACAGGGCAAUAUUGACAAUGCAUUAAGACUGUUUGAGAGGUUGCCGGAUAAAGAUGUUGUGGCUUGGUCUAGUUUGAUUGCCGGUUGCGCUGGCUUUGGUUCAGAUAAGUUAGCUUUUUCCCUUUUCAUGGAUAUGAUAUAUUUGGGUCUUCAGAUUGACCAUUUUGUCAUCUCAAUUGUUCUGAAAGCUUGUUCAAGUAUGGCAUCUAACCAACGUGGCAAGCAAGUUCACACUUUAUGUAUUAAGAAGGGGUAUGAAUCAGAGAGAGUAAUUUCAACUGCUCUAAUUGAUAUGUAUGCAAAAUGUGGUGACAUUGAGGAUGCCUUAGCUUUGUUUGGUUGUCUGUCAGAAAUCGAUACCAUGAGUUGGACUGGUAUAAUUGUGGGAUGUGCUCAAAAUGGAAGAGCUAACGAGGCAAUUAGUCUUCUGCUUAAGAUGAUAGAAUCUGGUACAAAGCCAAACAAAAUCACCAUUCUAGGUGUUCUUACUGCUUGUAGACAUGCUGGCCUAGUUGAAGAGGCAUGGGCUGUGUUUAAUUCUAUUGAAACAAAACAUGGAUUGAUACCAUCCCCAGAACAUUACAAUUGUAUGGUCGAUAUUCUUGGUCAAGCUGGACGUUUUGAAGAAGCAGAAAAAUUGAUUAGUGAAAUGCCAUUUAAGCCCGACAAAACUUUAUGGUCUUCCUUGCUUGGUGCCUGUGGAACUUACAAAAACCGGCAUCUUGCAAACAUUGUUGCUGAGCAUCUCCUUGCUACCUCGCCAGAAGAUGUUUCUGUAUACAUAAUGCUGUCAAAUGUUUAUGCAUCUCUUGGAAUGUGGGAUAGUUUAAGCAAAGUCAGAGAAGCCGUCAAAAAAAUAGGCAAAAAAGGAGCUGGGAAAAGCUGGAUUGAGAUCUCAAGUUGAGAAUGCUGGUUUGGCGUAUAGCUUAAUACGUGAGAUAUUUCCAGACAAGUCGCAGAUUAUUCUAGCUUAUAAGGAAUGACAUGAUUGAACCUUGAAUUCGAAGGAAGUCUUCAUGUUUUGGUAAUAGCACAGAACUAUCAAUCAUCUCAUUUCUACUGGACAUAUACAUAAGUUUUCUAUGAAAUCCAAUGUAAAGGUUCUACUUCAUGGAACACCUUGAUUCUAGGACAUGCUAAACACGGUUUUAUUGGUGGUGUGCUGAAAGUCUGAAACCGAUUUACCAAAUAGUGGAAGCAGGUCUUGUACCACCAUUGCUGGUCAUGCGGAUGAUGCUGGUCCACAUGAAUUGCAAUUUGUUUCAUGAUGCUCACAAAGGGCCUAAUAUUUCCGGACAAGCUUGUUUCAUCUGAAUCCAGUAGUUCAAUCUGAAAAGCUUGUAAUACAUACAUGCUAUUCCCAUGAGGAUUCGGUUUCACACAUCCAGUUUUUGCAUCACCCAUCAAAAGAUGAAAAGGAACCAUAGAAAAACACACACCAGGGAUCGAGAAGUUGGGAAGCUUACACAAUUCCAAUCAUUCGCAAACUCAAAUUUGACCAAAAUCUAAGAAGUCAUCGGGUAUUAGCCAUCUCUUAGUUUGGUUGAGAAGCUCGUCAUGUGGUUGAGCCUCCACUAUGGAAGCAAGAAAUCAUGGUGGGGUGGUUGCAAACUCCUUGAGUAUGUUUACAACUUUUAUAUUAUUAGAAGGGAAAUUUGAUUACACUGUCAGAGGAAAGCAGUUAUAAAACACCGCUCCUGGUUUGACAUGCUACAAUAUUUCAAAACCACAGAUAAUUUGUUAUGUUUUCAUCAUUAUGUUUCUGUACUCUGACAGUCACUCCAUUUGUACGAAAAGUUUAGAAAAAAGUGGGUCACUUUCGCAGGGACUUUGACGUUAUGUAUCAACCUUGGCCUUAAAUGGAGCUGUAUCUUGGAGUAUUAUCUUUGAUCUUUUCAAGCCAUAUGCUGUUAGAAACAAGUUAAACCAAAACCUUAUUGUUUUAAAGCCAUGGUUUGGGAGCACCUAAAUUAGGAAGAGCAAGCUAUGUGUAUUCUUGGCAAGCCAGUUUAUAACCUUAUUACUACAAACAUAAGGACUUGUGUGGGUGGGCCCAGUGGUGGACCCCACAUUAACAUUAUAAUCACUGUUAGCUGCAUGCCUCCAUAAGGCCUAGUCAUUGUUGUGCAACGUCACCAUCUCAUUCAUGCAAGUAGGUGCUAGUGACAGUUUCUUAAAUCCAUUCCAUAGAAUUUCCACUCUUAUUGCUCAUGCUUCGUUUACACUUUUCUAUCAUUGCACCCACAUUACCUUGCUCUUCUACUCUGUCUUUACUCUGACUUCCUACUGUACUAGCUUUCUUUUUUGUUUCCAUCUUCACAACCAUGACAUGCCAUCUUGUGAUUCCUUCACACUUUUCAGUAUAACUAUCGUUGCACAAAGUCCAAAAUUUUGCCGGGUAACUCCUAAGCCAAAAUUCCUUUUUCCCACUCUCUUUUCGCGCCUUCUAUAGCUAGCUAUGAUGAAAACCUAAAUGGUGGCAUUAUAUGCUAACGUGGCUUCUUAUUGAUACUUAAGCUUACUUUUAUAUAGGUGGUUUUGAUAUUCACCGCAAUUUUCGUAUUACAUUAAACCCAUGCUUAGUUUUUCUAAACUUUGGAUUACAUAUAUAGAAUGAGUACAAAACAAGAGUCAAUUAGAAGUAUGACUUGUCCCGGAUUUGAUGGAAACGCACCAAACAAAUCUAGUUCACACACCCGGCCGUGAGGUAGGUGGACUUAAUUAAACCUUACACAAACUAAUUAACUAUGCAUAUAAUAUAUACAUAAAUAUAUGCUCCAUCCUUUGUUUGAAGGGUUUGUCAAAAAACAAAAUCCAUGAUGGAAAUAAAAGUUUCAGCUAUACAAUCUUAGAUUAAGUGUUUCCAUUGAUUUUUGA